AUGGACUUACCCGAUAUUUGCUCAAGAAGUGAGUUACAUAUCAAGAGCAAUGGAAAUGUUCCUGUUCCCAUCUUUCGAUUGUCAUCAGAAGCGAAGUCAACUUUGUUUGACUGGGUUGCAUCAGAAGUGAAGUUUCCUGAUGGUUACGUUUCAAAUCUGUCAAGUGUGUUGAACGAGGUCAAAAGUUCUCAGGAUGAAGAGGGAAAGCAAGAAAUCUUGCAAAAGGUGGAAGGUUCGAUUGUGGCUGGAAGUUUGACAGCAGAAACAUCUAACUUCCAUCAUACUACUUUUGCUUCAACGGUUCGUACGAGGAAAAGAGUUCCUAGAAGAUAUGAUGAUGGUGGAGUACCACAAUCUUAUGCAGUAGACGGUGUUCCUGACAUUUUCUGCCAAAUUGGACGCUUGUUUGUAUCUCAAGUUGAAGAAGCAAUACCAGGAGUGGAUGCAAGGAAAGAUAAGCACUUUGUCAAGUGGUUAAAAGGACAGGUUGAUUAUGACGAUCCAUAUUAUCCUGUAUGGUUUCAUGAUUUGAUCCAAGGUCCAGUAGCAAAGGUCACCACAUCAUCUAUGUACUUCACACGAGGUUUCACUUUUCAUACAUAUGAGUAUGGGAGACGUCGGGCAACAAGCAACUACGGGAUAUGUGUGAAAGGUGAAACAGACUUUUACGGGAUCUUGCAAGAGAUUAUUGAAGUGGAAUUUCCAGGGUUGUUGAAGCUAAAAUGUGUCCUCUUCAAAUGCGAGUGGUUCGACCCGGUGGAGAACCGUGGUGUUCGGUUUAACAAAUUUGGUGUUGUGGAUAUCCAUUCUGGGAGAAGAUAUAACAAAUUCGAGCCUUUCAUCUUAGCUUCCCAAGCCGAACAAGUUAGCUUCCUUCCAUACCCUCGCCUUCGAAGUUCUGGGAUAAAUUGGUUAACUGCUAUCAAAAUAACACCUCGUGGACGGAUUGUUGCUGGAGAAGAACCACCUUUGCAAGAAGAAGAUGCAAUCAAUGAAGUUGAGGUACCUGAUCAACAAACUGAUGAAAUUCUUUUGAUCGACCCGGAUAACCGUCAAUAUGAAGAUCUUCCCGAAGAUGUGACGGAUGAAGCACGUGAAGAUGAGUUCGAUAGAAGCGAUGAUGAUCAUUGUAGUGAUGUUGAUGAGAACUCAAACGAUUCUUCAUGAUGUAAAAUAUGUAACAAAUGUUGAUUUUUAUUAGAAGAUCUUAUUUUCAUAUGUGUAUCAAAUUCUA